UCCACGGGUUUUUCGUGUGUGUUUUGUCGACGAAAACUAAAAUUAAAUCGGAUUUUAAGUGAAUUUCGUGCUGCACUAAAGUGGUUAAACGUUAGACGUGUGAAGUUUUAUGUGCACCGUGUGUGUGAGUGGGUGCAAGCGUAAAAAUGGCGAACGUAAGGGACAGCGACACAUCAUUGUGGCUGCAUAAUAAACUGGGCACCUCAAACGAUUCGUGGAUAAACGGCUCAAUAUGCUCGCAAUUGAACAAAGAGGUUUUGCGCAACAUCAAAGAGUGUUUUCCCGAUCUGCAGACACAGGUCAAACUGAAAUUACUGCUUAGUUUUCUGCACAUACCCCGACGUAUGGUCGAAGAGUGGAAAAGCGAAUUGGAGGAAGUCAUCGAGGUGGCUGGUUUGGACUCUGAACUGUGGGUGUCCAUGCUGGCGGAGACAAUGAAAACAUUUCCGGCAACCAGUUCGCUGAAUACAGAAAUCUCCGAUUACGAGGACACACGGCCCAUUUUCACCGAUAUGGUCAACGAUUUGCGCAAAUUGGUCACCAAACACUCGGAUCUGGGCAUGUUGCCUCUCGAGUGUCAGUAUCUAAAUAAAAACGCAUUGAUCUCGGUGGUUGGCCAGCAGCCGGCGGCAGUGAAGCAUUUUACGCUAAAGCGCAAACCGAAGAGCGCCCAGCUGCGCACCGAGCUCCUCCACAAGUCAGCGGAUGCGCAAUCCUCGCUGAAGAAGACAUCGGCGUCAGCAGUACCGUUGCGUUCGCGUGGCAUGCCACGCAAAAUGACGGACACCACGCCGCUUAAGGGCAUCCCCUCCCGUAUGCCCACCACGGGCUUUCGCUCAUCCAAUGUGCCCGGCAAUGCGCAGCGUCCCAAUCUCAGUCGUACGCCCGCGGGCCGCAAGGAUGGCGGCAUCAAGAUACUCGAAUUCACAGAGCAGCCGCUGGGCUAUGCGGCAGCGAAGAAGCGCAAACGCGAACAGCAGCUGGAGGAACAGCAAAAGAAGCAGGAACAAAAGCAACAGGCAGCAGCAGCGGCCGCUGCAGCGGCAGCUGCCUCCACCACCAACAACAGCAGUGGCGACAGUCCGACCGCAGAUGCGGCGGUGGCCAAUGCUGCUGGUGGUGGUGGAGAGAUGCCGACCACGCCCACAUCAUCGGCAAACAAUAGUUUUGAGAUUAAAUUGGAGCCACAGCUGAACCAAAGCAGCGGCAGCUUAGACGAGCAACCCGAUGAUGACUUUAAGACACCCGACGAAUUGGCCAGCAAAUCAUUGCAGCCCGAAACGCCAGAGACGCCGGAAUAUGCCGCAGCCACGCUACAGUUUACCACUGCUACGGCUGCAACGGCUGCUGCCACGCCCACACGUCAGGUGGCCAUCAAGGCGGAGACUAAAGCGAAGUCAACCAAAUCGGUGGCCAAGAUAAAUAACAACAACAAUAAUAACAACACCAAUAACAAUAACAACAACAGUUAUCAUCAGACGCCGAAACGCAUCAAGCAGGAGAUUGAGAUCAAGAGCGAGGAGAUCAUUGUGCCGGCGAACAUAAAGCUGGAGAAGAUCGAACCCACAUCGCAGACGACGCCCAUCCGCAUCGCACAGUCAACAGGAACACAUCAGCAGGCCACAUCCACGCCACAACAGCAACAGCAGCGCAUCAUCAUCCAACAGCAGCCGGCACAGCGUGCACCGCAUUUACUCAUCCGUACUCCACCGCAGCAGCAGAAGCGUCUCGUCAACAACAGCAAUGCAGCGACUAACAAUGCAGUUAUGGCCACAACAUCCACAGCGACGGCAACGGCCACAACAACUGUGGGCAACACUACUAUCAAAAUGGAGAAGCUGGACAUUAAACCCUUGCUGCGUGUAGCAGCUGCUUCCGGCGGCGCAAGCAUCAGCAGUUCCAGCACCAGCAACAACACGACAACCACAACCACCCUAUUGACACCGCAACAGCUGCGAAAUGCGGCCAAUCCGUUGGCCAAUCUGCCCAACAACAUAUCCGUUAAGAUUACGUCGGCCAAGGCAAAGGCGGCGGCGGCAGCAGCAGCGGGUACCAGCUGCAGCAGUCAGGCAGCAGCAGGAGCAGCAGCACAGCAGCAACAACAACAUCAACAACAACAGCAGCAGCAACCCAUAUUGAUAAACAGCUCCACACCAGUCAUACUGGCCUCGUCGCCCAGCACGCAGCGUGCGAGAGCGCUCGUCGCAGCGAGUUGCAGCAGCACGGCCAGCACAACGACGACCACAAUACCGUCGCAAGCAAUUAAAUCGAUGCCGCUUAGUCAGCUGAAGACGGCCACCAACAGUGGUCCGGUCAUCAUCUCGCAGACCAUUAUACAACCAGCGAAGCGAGCCCAACAGCAGCAGCAGCAGUCACAGCCAGGAGCAGCCACAUCCAGCGCGGCGGCAGCAGCAGCCCAGCAGCAGCAACAACAACAGCAGCAACAACAACAACAGCAGCAGCAAUUGCAGCAGCAACAGUUGAUUGCAUCUCCGUCACAGCCACAAACCACGCAGUACAUUCUGGCUGCACCACAGCCGCAACAGCAGCAACAGCAGCAGGCCACGUUGCCAACGCUGACCUCCCUUUCACAAACUCGUCCGGCGUCACAGACAACCACAACGCUUUACCAGGCAGCCGCUGGGGGUGGCGUCAACAGCGUUCAGACGCCCACCAAGAUACUGCUAAAGACGACGGGCGCAUCGGGUGUGGUGAUGACGCCGCUGCGCCAACAUCCACAGGCCAACACAGUGGUGUCCACAAAUCCACCGCCAUUGGUGGCAACAACAGCAGCUGUGGCUGCUGCCGGCCAUCAGACGCUCAACAUACAAAAUGUGCAGUUGCCCAAUCGACCGGUGACCAUUCAGCCCGCCUCACAGGCGGCCCAGCAGCAGCAUAUGCAGGCACAGUUGCAGCAACAGCAUCCGCAGCACACGAUCGUCGCGAAUACGACGGCAACACAGCAGCCAAAGUUGUCGCAGGUGUUGAUGCAACCGGGUGGCACCAUAGCGGGCGGCACAUUGAAUGUGUCGCCGUCGACGGGCAAAAACAAGACCAUCAUACUCACCCAGAAGGGCGUCAUAUUGCGUAACAUUGGCGGCGAGAUGUACCAGAUACCCAUCAGCAAUGUGGGUGGCUUACCGGCGCUUACCACAGGUGCCACGCUCAUGACCACAACGGCGGCCGGUCCGCCCAGCCUGGUCAAGACGACGCCGGCGACGAGUAUUCAACCCCACACCAUACAGCUGCAACAGCCACAGCAACAGCAGCAUCAGCAGGGUGCCCAGGGUGCUGUCAAGCAGAUGAUGCCCACGCUGAUACCAACCAAUCCCAUUGGCGGACAGCAUGUCAUCGUGCAGCAACAGACCCCAACGAGUGUCAUCGGCAAUUCCACACAGCAAACGAUAAUACGGCCCGUGAUAGCGAACGUAACCGGUGGAUUGACCUCGCUGCCGCAGGGCUUGACGCUGAUACAGCGCCCUGGCCAGCAGCCGCAGCUGGUGCAGGUGCAGGCGGCGCCGAACAGCACGCAACGGACGAUCAUAACACAGUCGGCUGCGGCGGCGUCGCAACAGCAGCCGCGCCAGCAGCAGCAGCAACAACAGAUACUGGUGCAGCAUAAGCCGGCUCUGCAACAGCGUUUGGUUACCUCGACAAGCGCCGCCGGCCAGCAGCUGUUGCAAACGAAUAAUGCCGCCGCCAUUUCACGCACCGUCCAGGUGCAGGUCACCCAGCAACAGCAGCAGCAACAGACGAAUGCGCCGGCGGCACAACAGCAGCAGCAGACACAACAGGCGCCACAGCGUCGAGGACUAUCGCUUUCGAACGAGCACGUACACAAGGCCCAUGAGAUGUUCCGCAAAGCGAACCGUGUGUCGCGACCCGACAAGGCGCUCAUACUAGGCUUUAUGGCGGGUCUGCGCGAGAAUCCCCGACCCAAUACAGAAAACGUACUGGUCAUCAAACUGGGCGAAACAGAGGAAAAAGUGCAACAGGAGGAUGGCAAUACGGCGCUGUGCCUGGUGGAGUCGCAUAUCCGCCUGGACUACAACACCGGCGAAUGGAAGACAUUCCAGAACUACAGGCUGAUGGAUCAGAACGCCGCCUCAUAGUCCACAAGGGUCAUACGCAUUGUACGCAAAUAGUUGGGUCCAUGAGCAGCGACCUGCGUUGUGUUCUCUGCGUAUCCCGCAUAUGUGUGGCUUCUGGGCUUAUGGGCUUGUUUGUUCAUUGUCGUCAUCGUCAGCGUCGUUGUCUGGUUCUGCAUGGACUGCAAUUUGCUAUCCGCUAAUUAGGCUACAAAAUCCCGUUACCCCUUACCCCUCCGCCCCACCCACAAUUUCCCGCUUUCAACAUGCAAAUGCUUGAAAUAAAUCAACUAUAAAACAAUUAACAUUAAUUAGUAGCUGUACAGUUUUUAGAAUAUAUAUAUAUGAAUGUAGUAUAUAUGCUAGAGCUUAAAACGUUUAGUAAUCAUGCCACAACACACACACACACAUACACACACAAACACAUUAUUCACACAUACACACGGAAACAUGCAAGCAUGAUUAGAAGCACGCUUGACUGGAGACCCAUAGAUGAUAUUAUGGAGAGGCACCCAGAGAAUGGCAAUUGCAAAUGAUCAUAGAGACAUUCACACAUUCACACACUCAUACACACGUACACACACACACACAUAUAUGUAUGUGCACAUUUAUAUGCAGAUAGAUACAUUUAUAUCUAUGCAUACUUAGCAUUAUGUAAUUAGUUUUCAAGUAAAAAAAUGUAUAAUUAAUUUAGAAGGAAACAUAAUAACACUUAUUUGGAGCCACUAUUAACGCUCACUACUUAUAUUACAAACAAAAAAACAGAAAACAAGCAAA